AUCAAUAAAUCUAAACAAAUCAAUGGAUUGAAAUCAGAUCAAACAAAUUAAAUCUUCCUCAUAUCAAUUUUCUGCCUUUCUUUCUCCGAGUCUCUCUCUUUUCUCUUCAUUAGCUUCCGUUCCUUAAUCAAACAUUUCUCUCUCUAAACAAAAAACAAAAUUGUGAAAAUUUCAAAGAGAUUUGUCAUCGUAUUUACUGGAAAAAAUAAAGAUAUUAAUAGGAUUUAAUCUAUAGAAAAGAAGAAGAGAACCUGAUGGGGUUCAAAAAAUGCUUCUUCUUGUUUCUCUUCUUCCUUCUCGUUGGCUUGGCUUCCCCUUCCCCAUUCUACAUCAAAAAUGACGUGCUUGAAGCUCGUGUGCAAACGGGACGUGCCCUUCUUCAGCAACAAGGAAAUUGUCCUGUUGAUUUUGAGAAGGAGAAUUACACCAUUGUAACAAGCCAAUGCAAAGGACCUCACUACAAUGAAACUCUAUGUUGCAAUGCAUUCAAGCAAUUAGCCUGCAACCAUAUGGAUGAAAUAAAUGAUGUGCAAAAUGGUUGUGCAACAAUUAUGUUUAAUUACAUUAAUCUUUAUGGGAAAUAUCCACCUGGUCUUUUUGCCAAUAUGUGUAAGGAAGACAAAAAAGGUUUAAAUUGUGAUAAUAUCACUCCUCCUGAAGGAAAUAAACCUGAGGAGCAAAAGAGCAAUUCUACAAAAGGUAGUAAAUCCUCUAUGGCACUAAUGCUAAUUGCUAGCAUUUUAAUUAUACUGUUUAACAUUUGAAGGAUCUUUUUUUUUUCUUUUUUUGUUGGUCUAAGUAAUUCUUUCAUAUAUUUCAGUAUAUACUAUGCUGUUGAGAUGUAUAUUCAAUCCCUAUAAUUGGGAUCUGUAAUUCUUCAUUCACAUUCUGUGGAGUUUUAAUAUUUCCUUCUAUAUAUUGCUCAAUGGUGAUGUCGGGCUAGCUUACACAUAUAUAUCAGGGCGGGUUUAGGAGUAGGAGGGAUUAACCUCCUUUCCUAUAAAUUAUACUGUGUAUAUAAGGUUAAUUUCUUUUUAUCUGGUA